AUGAAGUUGUUUAUAAGAAAUUAUGAAAAGAUUUCCGCGCCUCAGGAUUUUUCUUCUAUGUUUGAUAAUCAGCUACAAUGGAUGGCCAUAGUGAAUGUAGACAAGCCAGAAGAAAUUUGUUUUCCAUGUCUACUUAAAGAGGAAUGGAAGGAGGUGAUCUACUGGACCAAUUCAAGGAUAAUUGCAGAAGCACUUAACAAUUUGAGAACCCUUGCAGGUCUUGAAAAUUCUCAGGUGAUCCUUGGCCAAUCGACGUCCUUGGUUGUAGAUGCUUGUUUUGGAGCUACUUUUUUCGCUUCUCUGAUAGCUACAUUGAAAAGAGCCUAG